AUGAAAACAUGUAUUCUGUUAUUAUCUAAUGUACCUGCUUACUUAUUUCUUAACUUUGGGGCUACAAAUUCUUUUAUCUCUAUAUCAUUCACCGCUAGCUCAAACUUUGCAUGUGUGAAAAUGAAUAAUGAAUUAGAGGCGGACUUCUACCUUUUGGAGAUGAAAGAUUUCGAUGUUAUUUUAGGCAUGGAUUUGUUGAGACUUAAUCAUUUGACUAUUCGAUCGGCUGUUGACGAUAUUAACGUCGUACGAGACUUUGCUAAUGUAUUUCCAGGCAUUCCACAAGAUAGGCAAGUGGAAUUUACAAUUGAUUUAGUUUUUGGAGUAGCAUCAGUAUCCAAGGCCCCGUACCGAAUGAUAUUGCAAAAACUUCAAGAAUUGAAAUUGCAAUUACUAGAGAAAGGUUUCAUUCGACCAAGUGCAUUUUCUUGGGGCAUUCUUGUAAUUUUUGUAAAGACGAAUGAUGGGAGAUGA